AUGAGUCUUGAUAGAACACUUAGUGGAGGCGAGACUAACAGCGAUCCAUCGGAUUCCUACGAAGCUCCACCUUCUGGUGACAACGCUGUUUCCUCCACGGAGUCUACCGACACUGCAUCCUUUACGCAAGCCUCAGCCGCAGCCUCAACUAGCUCAUCAAGCAAAUUGGCAAGUGGGCACAGUUCCCCAUUGGCCCCCGUCACUGCAACAGUGACUGCGCUGGCCCUACUGCAACUACUCCGGCUACAUGAUAUCGGUGAUGGUGCUAUAGCGGGGAUAGUAGUCGGCAUCGUUAUAUUCGUACUCCUGACCACGGCAUCGGUAAUGCUGUGUUGGCGCCGCCGACGCCGUUUCACGCAAAGAGCCGUCUCCGAGCUACCAAGCCAUCAGACGGACGCUGAGACCAAAUCAGAUCCGAGUGCUACGAUCUGGAUUCCAGAGCUUGGUCAAGAGGCAGCUGUGUGUGGACCCCGCGAGCUGGCUGGCACACCUAAGCCUCUGGCGGCGCCUCUUGAAUCGCAUGGAGUGACUGAGCCAUACAUCGCGGAAGGAAGAUUAUUCAAGAUAGGGAACCCGGAGUGA